ACAACAAAUUGACGAAUAUUUCCGUAGGGAUAUUUCCUGUAAUGCCCGAGCUGCAGAUUCUAAAGUUAGAUGAGAAUGAGAUCGAUACGAUUGAACCAGGCUCUUUUGCACUCAUCGAGAACGUCCAACAUUUUACACUAAUGAAGAACCGACUGAGUCGCAUUGAGGUCGGAAUGUUUGAUGGGUUAGGAAACUUGACAGACAUGAGUUUGCUCGAAAAUGAAAUUAAAGUCAUCGAGGAGAAUGCUUUCGAUAAUCUGAUAAAGCUGGAAUCACUAGAUUUACAGAAGAAUAAGUUAACCGAAGUACCUCGAGAGCUUUUCACCCGACUCAAGAAUUUAAAUAACAUGUAA